GGGCAGAAAGUGUACGAUAACUGACCAGUACGGACAUAGAAAACAGUGAUAGUAACAAGAAGACAAAUAGCACAAUUUGGUGACGAGGAUGGGAUAAAUUGGAAGGCAUUUUGAUUGAAGAUGGAAGAAGGUCGUCCGAUUCCCCCGUUCCGCUGUAACCAAAUUGAAUCCGGAAAACUUUCCAAGGAGUGGAAAGCUUGGCGAGAAUCGCUGGAAUGUUAUUUUGCGGCAUAUAACAUCACGGAUCAACAAUUGAUGCGAGCUAAAUUAUUGCAUCUGGGCGGUCCUGCGUUGCAGACAGUAUUUAAAAAUUUGCGAGAUCGAGAACACAUCCCAAUUGUUUCAUUGGUCCCGAAUUGGUACGACAUUGCGGUAGGCAAGUUAGAUGAAUUUUUCGAGCCUCGCCACCAGAAUUCGUCUGAGCGCCGAAAAUUACGGUCAAUGAAGCAGAAGUCUGGAGAACGGUUUGCCGAUUACGUUAUCCGACUCAAGCAACAGGUCUCGGAGUGUGGAUUCGAAAAGUAUGGAACGGAAAUUGAACAAAUUUUGAUUGAAAUUCAUUUGACGGACGCUGUAGUGGAAGGAUGUAGCUCCAAUGAUGUACGUAAGCGGAUUCUGUUGAAGGAUUUACCAUUUUCCGAAAUCGAAGCCCUAGGUAUUGCUCAAGAAGGGGUUGAACACCAGCUGUCGGCUCUAACAAGCCAUCCACCUGAAAAGAUUUACCGUAUUGCAAAACCAAGAAAUUAUGACACGAAAACUGAACCAAUGCGAUCGAAAGCAGUUCGUGAUAAAUCUUGCUUCAAUUGUGGACGCAUUGGGCAUAUUGCCACGGCUUCUAUCUGCCCUGCCCGCGGGAAGCAAUGCAGACAUUGUAAACUGUUCGGCCAUUUCGAGAAGUUGUGCCGGAAGAUGAAAAGCAAGGAACCAUACAAUCGCGUUCAAACAAAAAUAAGAGCUGUAGAGGACAAACCAGACAAGGACGAUGAAUCAGGCGAUGUCUGA